AUGCUUCGAGGUAUGUGUAAUCCGAGCAUAACGUCUGUUAACAGAGAUCGCGCCGCAGCUGGUCUACAGGUUUAUCGAACAGACAAUGCAGACUGGUCCAUCGGUUUCUCUGAAAUGCAGCGCCGCGGGUAAUCCCACGCCGCAAAUUUCCUGGCUGCUGGAUGGAUUUCCGCUUCCGCAAAACGACAGACUCUUGAUUGGCCAGUACGUGACCGUGUACGGGGACGUAAUAUCGCACGUGAACAUCUCGUCGGUGAAGUCGGAAGACGGGGGCGAGUACGAGUGCAUCGCGAGUAGCCGCGCUGGCGAGGCCAGCCACUCGGCCAGGCUCAAUAUUUACGGUUUGCCAUAUGUCAGGCCCAUGUCGACGGUUUCGGCGGUCGCUGGGAAACAGUUUCACAUCAAAUGCCCGGUUGCUGGCUACCCCAUCGAAUCGAUCGUUUGGGAGAAAGACGGAGUAAGGUUGCCCACGAACAUGAGACAGAGGGUUGCGAACGGAAGCUUGUUCAUCGAUACGGUGCAACGAGCCGCCGAUCAAGGCACGUACACGUGCACCGCCAGGAACAAGCAUAACUUCACCUCUCAACGAUCAGUCGAAGUGCGCGUUCUAGUGCCACCUAAAAUCACGCCUUUCAGUUUUGCUCGCGAUUUAAACGUAGGGCACCGUACUAGCGUACAGUGCGUAGUCGUGACUGGCGAUCUGCCACUGACGUUCACGUGGCUGAAAGAUAACGUCCCAAUAGAGACGAUCAGGACGUCGCAGGACACCCCGUCGUCCGGCCAUAGCCGCGUUCAGGCCUCGGCCGGUGCUGGAGACCCGAUUAAGGGGCCCAAGCGGGGCCCCAAGGUCGACUUGGGGCAGGCCGAACAAUCCCCGAGAAAGGCCAUUACCGUCCGGCAAUAUGACGCUUUUACCAGCGCCCUGAGCAUUAGCACGAUCGCACCCGCGCACAAUGGCACGUACACCUGUCGCGUGGCCAAUGGCGCUGCCACCGUCGCUCAUUCUGCACUCCUUCACGUCAACGGUAAACGCACACCGUUGGUGUACUUGUUCGUUCACGCUCUCGCACUCACGGCAGAGGUGAUCCACGCUUCUUUCUUUCGUUCGUUUUCUUGUUUCCCUUUGCCUCUUUUUCCACCGCGUUUCUUCGACCGAUUGCCUCGCAUCGAUCUCGACGUGUUUGCAUGCAUCGAUACGUCGCGAGAUCGGUAG